AAGUCAGUCUCUUAUUUUUUAAAACAAACAGGAAAUACGACCGGACUAUUCUAUUUUGUGUAUCUUUGUACCUUCAGACCGUCGUCCAAACCAAGGGUCCUCAUGGCAGACCUUGGUAUCAAAACUGGGGAUAAGGUGCUGAUGGUUUGGGCUCAGCCAUCAUCGCCUGCCAGUUUGAAAGAGUUUGCAGAGGAUGUUGGUGCCAUUGUUGGGGCAGAUGGCAGAGUUUCUGUGGAAAACAUGGAAAGACUGCUGCUGUCGUCCCAUGAAGCGUCCACGUUCGACUGCGUGCUCUCGUGUCUGCUGGCCGACGGCUCGUCCAUACACAGCUCCGAGUCUCUGGCAGAGAUGGCCAGGGUCCUCAAACCGGGUGGGAGGUUAAUUCUGGAUGAACCUGUCACAGGCGUGGAUGCGCAGACUGUGAGGACCGUUGAGAAGCUGACGUCCGCUCUGAAGUUAUCAGGAUUGAUGUCAGCGACAGAGGUUAGUAAAACACAACUAAGUGCGGAGGCUUUGAACGCACUGCAGGCGGCUACCGGUUACCACGGAAACACGCUGUCACGAGUACGCAUGUCCGCAAGCAAACCCAACUUUGAGGUCGGAUCAACCAGUUCCAUAAAGCUGUCUUUUGGGAAAAGAAACACUCAGCCAGCGGAGAAACCAGCUCUGGAUCCGAACGCGGUGAAAAUGUGGACGCUGUCGGCCAACGACAUGAAUGACGGCGACGUGGAUCUGGUGGACUCUGACGACCUGCUCGACGAGGAGGAUUUCAAGAAGCCAGACCCGGCGUCUCUGAAAGCGCCCACCUGCGGGGAAGGAGCAGGCAAGAAGAAGAAAGCCUGCAAGAACUGCACGUGCGGUCUCGCUGAGGAGCUGGAACAGGAGAAUAAAGGACAACCGAAAACCAAUUUGCCAAAGUCUGCCUGUGGAAGUUGUUACCUUGGCGAUGCAUUCCGAUGUGCCAGCUGUCCAUACCUGGGGAUGCCAGCAUUCAAACCAGGAGAGAAGAUUGUGUUGGAAAACAGCACGCUGACAGACGCUUGAAGAUUCCUCAAAUUGAAAAUGGAUGAUUCCGCUUCUGUGCUGGAUUGGUUGAGAAGAUCCAUAAAAUGCUAAAAAAGCGAAAAUAUUUAGAUGAUGUCUAAAGAACACGUGCAGGAUAUUCCAACUUUCAUUUGCGUUUAAGACAAACGUGUUUCAUUCUCACACACGUAUCCUUCUAUGAUUGUAUUCCUAAGACUUGUUUAGUAAAAAGACUUUAAAAUGAGAUGUUUCUACAGCGUCAUUUUUACCUCUAAAAGACAUCAAGAUGUGUUUAACUAUGGAUGGCAGUUAAGCCAGUAGGAGUGAAAUACAUAAAACAUAUUAUUUGACCUAUAUUGAAUUAUCGUCAAAUAGUCUCGCACCACAGCGUAGGUGCGCCUUAUGUAUGACAUCGCUUUCACCCAGUGAUCCGUUCUCAUUCAGAUGAGACACUUUCUCAUAGACCAGGGGUCUCAAA